CUCCCUUUCCGUGUGUGCGUGCGCUGUGCUCCGCUCUUCAGACUUGCCUGCCUGUCACUUCGCUCGUGUCGAAAGGCUAGGCUACGCACCACUCGAUCGGACCCGCGCACGGAGAGCCGGCCGCCGUCACAACCCCCACCCCUUUCCCCGAGGCUCGGGAUCGCCCCUCACGGCACCAACCAUGGCGACCACCGCAACGUCCACCCGGUUCACUGACGAGUACCAGCUGUACGAGGAGCUCGGGAAGGGAGCUUUUUCAGUGGUGCGCCGAUGUGUCAAGAAAUCCUCCGGACAGGAAUACGCCGCCAAAAUCAUCAACACCAAGAAGCUGUCUGCGCGAGACCACCAGAAGCUGGAGCGUGAGGCUCGCAUCUGCCGACUGCUCAAACAUCCCAACAUUGUGCGCCUGCAUGACAGCAUUUCAGAGGAGGGCUUUCAUUACCUCGUCUUUGACCUGGUGACAGGAGGGGAGCUUUUUGAAGACAUCGUAGCCAGAGAGUACUACAGCGAGGCCGACGCCAGUCAUUGCAUUAGUCAGAUCUUGGAGAGUGUCAAUCAUAUCCACCAGCAUGAUAUUGUGCACAGAGACCUCAAGCCUGAGAACCUGUUGUUGGCCAGUAAGAUGAAGGGAGCCGCAGUGAAGCUGGCAGACUUCGGCCUGGCUAUUGAGGUGCAGGGAGACCAGCAGGCUUGGUUCGGCUUUGCGGGCACGCCUGGCUAUCUGUCUCCGGAAGUCCUUCGGAAGGACCCCUAUGGCAAGCCCGUGGACAUAUGGGCUUGCGGUGUUAUUCUCUAUAUACUGUUAGUUGGAUAUCCUCCAUUCUGGGAUGAGGAUCAGCACAAGCUCUAUCAGCAGAUCAAAGCCGGAGCUUACGACUUCCCCUCCCCCGAGUGGGACACAGUGACCCCCGAGGCCAAGAACCUGAUCAACCAGAUGUUGACCAUCAACCCGGCCAAGAGAAUUACUGCCGAGCAGGCUCUCAAGCACCCGUGGGUCUGCCACCGCUCCACAGUGGCCUCCAUGAUGCACAGACAGGAAACUGUUGAGUGUCUCCGCAAGUUCAACGCUCGCCGAAAACUCAAGGGAGCCAUCCUCACCACCAUGCUGGUGUCCAGAAACUUCUCAGUGGGCCGGCAGCAUACCAACUCUGCUGCUGCCGCCUCCUCCACUGCCUCACUGGCUCAGGAAGCAUGCAAAAGUUUACUCAACAAGAAAGCCGAAUCUGCUAAGCCUUCCACCAACAACAGUAAGAACAGUAUAGUGAGCGCCAUCAAUGCCCUGAAAGACAGCAACAUGGCAACCAACGCCCAGAUGGAAUCUCAAAGCACAGUGGUGCACAACCCUCCCGAUGGCGUCAAGGGAUCAACGGAGAGCAACGCCACCAACGACGAGGAAGAAAUGAAAGCGGACAGUUCAGCGCUGAGUCAGAGCAGCGCCACCGAGGAGAUGCCCCCACUUCUGCCCUCACCUCAAAGCUCACCUGCCAUCCCACCGCAUGAUGUAAAGCGCAUGGCUUGGAACAGCACGGGCAACAGUGACUGUGAACUGUCCUGCGCGCCCGCCGUCCCCUCCGCUCCAGUAGGGGGCGACAACUCUGCCGCUGCUCAAAGCAACGUUAAGCAGACCCGCAAGCAGGAGAUCAUCAAGAUCACCGAGCAGCUGAUCGAAGCCAUCAACAACGGCGACUUUGACGCCUACACGAGGAUUUGCGAUCCCGGGCUCACUUCCUUCGAACCCGAGGCUCUGGGCAACCUGGUGGAGGGCAUGGACUUUCACAAGUUCUACUUUGAAAAUUUGCUCAGCAAGAACAAUAAGCCGGUGCACACCACCCUGCUCAACCCGCACGUGCACCUGAUCGGCGAGGACGCGGCGUGCGUCGCGUACAUCCGCCUCACGCAGUUUGUGGACUCGGGCGGCCGGCCGCGCUCCAGCCAAUCGGAGGAGACCCGCGUUUGGCACCGCCGCGACGGCAAGUGGCUCAACGUUCACUUCCACUGCUCGGGAGCGCCCGCCGCGCCACUACAGUGAUCAGCGGUCCCGAGCCUCCACUGUGCCGGUGGAGGCGUUUUGGGGGGCAGUUUUUUUCCGGCGAGUGUGUUUGGGGGGGCCCCGAACCCCCCGCGUGGAUCGGCUAGCGCCAGGAGCCCGGCCGGGCCAGAUGGCAUCCCUCUCCGCGACCGCCGACCGAACCCCGUCUCCUCCUUUGACCCGGCGGGGGGGGGAGGGGCGCCGGCCUAGCACAAGACAACGCCCGGCCCCUCCCCCUUGCAGCCCGCCCGCCGCCCCCUCCCCCCACGUGGGAUGUGAUGCAUGCAUCUUGGCGCCCCGCCCGAGCGCGGAGGGCGCGUCCUUGCCCUCCCGCGCCUCCCCUCAGCGGCCGUCUUUGUUCAGCCCCGCCCGCACCUGACGAGGCUUUGCGGGGAGGAGGCCACUUACACUUGUGACAGUUUAUGAGUAUGAGUUAUGAAUAUACUGUGUAAAUUAUGACUUAGAUGUUCCAGAAAAACCACCAAAACCCCAGCAAGCAUUUAUCUUGUCGGUGUGAUGAGGGAGGAGCGGAGACGUUGGCUUUUGUCGCGGCAGGAAAGGCUCUCGCGACCCGCAAGUUGACGAGAACGAAGGGAAACGUGCGGCCGAGUCCGAGCGGGUGACGACAAAACUUGAUAUCGCCAAGCACCAAAGUGUAGAACGUUUUUACGCUUUUUACGCGUUUUGCUCGUUUUCUCCCCACCCCGCACUUUGGAAAGGCGACUUAAGCUCGUGUUGUGUUUUUUAGCGUCCUGUGACGAGCCUUUACCACGCUUUUAUUUUAUUUUUUCUCUUUUUCGUCCUAUCGGCUUUGUUUUGAAAAGCGCGUUUUGGAAGGGGGGAAAAAAAUGGAGGGAUUUUUAUCGUAAAAAAAAAGCUUCUCGCGCAUGUCCUGUCCUGUCCUGUCUUGUCCGUAUGCAGCAGUGGGGGGGUGCAGCAGGGAGAGGGGCUAGCCUCCUCGCGCGAGGCAAAAUUGCAUGCGUGCCCCAACCGCCUCGUCCGUCCGUCCUUUGCCUUCCCGUCCGUUUUUCUUUUUCUGUUGGAGCCUGGUUUGUUGCUUCUCACCGUGUAAAUACUGUGUAGAAACGUGUAUCAUAUGUACAUGCAUCCUGUGCACCUUCCCUCAAGAGCGUUUGCAGGUUCCAUUACAUUUUUAUUGUAUUUAUUUUGGGGGUGGGGGGUACGGCCCGCCCAAAGCUUUGCAUCCCGUCACUUUUUCAGCGUCUCAUAACACGCACGCCUGGUGCCGUGUACUGUACCCGCCCCACCCGCCACAUCAUGUUGUAAUCCACACCCAUCCCACCCUCGUUUGAUCUGUACUGCUCCCAAAAAAGCGUGUUGUCCCCCCCCUCCCCCACCCGUCACCAUUUUGUGUUAAUGCACACCACCCCAAAACAUUGCGAGGUCCACACCGCCUCACAAUGUUGUGCACUCUUUUUCCUCACAGCUGAGCGUCCCUAUGCCUCCUGACAGUUUGUUGCAUUGAUGUUUUGGGUUGUUUUUUUUUUUGCACCUUGUUGUCGUCGUCAACUUUUAGGUGUUGUUUUUUUGUUUUUUUUUUUGGUUGGGGUUUUUUUUUUGUUAUUUGCCGAGUUGCCACGGUGGAGUUCUGCACGUGACCCGCAGGGAGUGAGGCAAGGAAAUGAACGCGACACACAUGCACGGAUUUUAAUACGAUUGCGACCUAGAAUCCGCCGCCUGGUGGUUUUAAAAUGUGCCUGCUCGGUUCUAGAGGUGUGGGUGGGUGGAGGGGGGGGGGGGCGAGCAGGAGCACUAGUUAUUAUGCAUGUUUCAGUUACUCAUUUCUACCAUGUACCUACCGGAAUGAUGAUGGAGCUCUACUCGUGUUAAUUAUUAUGAUGAUGAUGAUGAUGACGAUACUUGCAUCUUUUGAGAUUUCCUCCAUCUCGAAUGUGAUUAGGUGACAUGACAAAUGUUUUUUUUUUAAGCAAAAAGGAAAAAAAAAAAACAAACCAAAGGGGGGGAAAAAAGGAUGCCGAAGCUUACGCUUGGUAUGAGGCCCUCUGUUUUUUCCCCCCUGCAUUGUUUAUGGUAUGAUAUUUGGGCUGUGCUUUUUUACCCCCCACCCUCCCCACCACCCCCACCAUCCUUCCCUUCCCGUCCCCAGCCUUCACGCAGACGCUGGAGUUGUUUUUUUUUUUUGGUUCCAUUUUGGCGUUUUUUUGCAUGAUCAUGAUGUACAAUGAAAUACAACAACCAUUUGAAUUGACGACUAUAAAGUGUUUGUCUGAGUGUUAGUUGGUCUUCAUCCUUAGCUUUGUUAUUCUUCAGACUUGGAUCUUGAAAGUAUUUAAUAAAAAUACUAUUUCAGCA